GGAGGCAUCUUAGUCCAUAAUUGCUUCUGUAUUCUUGCGAAACCUUUUGAUAAGUUCUACAUGCAAGAUGUUUUUUGACUGGAUGAAACAGCCACAAUGGUGGUCAACUAGCAGUUCACCAGAUCUUAGAUCGAUUUCGAACGAGGCUGUACCUAAUGGAAUAUUGUGUCCAUAUGAGUACAUUCUCGAUGUAUACGGUCCUGGCCACUUUACCAAGAUUCUCCAAAUACUCGAUCCUGGCCUUGAAAAUAAUGACCCGAAGUGGUACCAACUCAUUCUCGAAAUCAUGGAUGCCAUCCAUUUCGGUGCAAUACUCGUGGAUGAUGUUGCGGAUAACAGUCAUCUCAGAAAGGGCCGCAUAGCCGCUCACAGAAUUUAUGGUACCGCAGAAACAAUCAACCGAGCUUACUUGCGAAUAUUCGAAGUCAUUGAGAAAUGCAGAUCUGCAAAGCCAUCAGCAAUUCCUGCAAUCUUAGACAAUCUGACCCAGAUACACAAAGGGCAGGAUGAAUCUCUUGUCUGGCGCAGGGAUGGAUUCGAUAAGGGGCUAGACAGAGCUGCAGCCUUGACCAGGUAUCGAGAGUGUGCCUCUCUCAAGACUGGAGCUUUGUUCCGCCUCAUUGGACAACUUGCCACAGGAAGUCACGAGAAGGAUCAACUGAUGAGUGAUUUUGGAUGGUACUGUCAACUGCAAAACGAUUGCAAAAACGUGUUCUCUUCCGACGUGGUUGCGGCUAAAGGAGCCUUGGCUGAAGAUUUAGCCAAUGGGGAGUACUCUUUCCCAAUUUUAGUUGCCCUCUAUUCAUCACCACGAAUCAAAACUGCAGUUGAAAAGGCAUUGUCGGCACGCCAGGGGGGAGAAUUCAAGGAACAUGUACACAAUGCGGCCAUGAUACUACAGGAAGAUGAGGUUCGAGGCUUGUGCCUCGGUGAGUUAGCAAUAUUGAGGGAAAACAAUUCAAUCUUUGCUUCGGUAUGGGGCCGCAAGGAAGGGAUGCUAGUUUCCCAAUCUGUCCCUGUAGCUGAGAAAGUCGGCAAAUCUAAAACCGGCUAUUUUGGGUUCGCGAAGAGGAUUUUUGUGUAGCAUUCAAACUUUUGCGAUGCUUCUGAAUGCAUUGAGUUAGCUUUUGAUUAUCAUCUAGAGUAUUGAUCACAUAAGAAGUGAGAUAAUUUUUUUGAAAGUAAUAUUUUACA